AUGCUUGCACUCAACGCCAAGCUGCUCGGUCUCACCGCAUUGGCCACCCUGGCCAUCCAUGCAGUCAAUGCAAACCCUCUUCCAGACGCGCCUGCCGUAGGCUACACGGGCCAGCAGGCCAUCGUUGGUCGUCAGGACAGCACGCCUCCUCCUUCGACUACGACGCCGACCAAUACCACGACGCCUCCCAAGAACAAGAAACCUACCGAGACGCCGCCCAAGGACAAGAAUCCUACUAUCACGCCUCCUGGAGGCAUGCCCACGGGCACGGGCCCCACCACGAUGGAUCAGAGUGGCUGCACCAUGAUGACGCUGAAGGCUUGUAUGGAGCUCGUGGGUGUAGCCGGCAUGGACGACGCUGGCGACUCGACGAAGAUGACCAAGCCCGGAAAGCAGGACCCCAAGAAAAUCAAUGCGAGCGUGCAGAUGCAGAACUGCCCCGCCACCAUGACGAUGGGCGGCAGCGCCAAGCCUCCCACCAAAGAUGACCCCAUGAAGCUCAAGCCAGAGGACACCAAGCCAGGAGAUACGCCUCCCAACAAGAGGGACCAAGGGCCCGGGAUUGUGAAGCCUGAAGACGUGCAGCCUGAAGACGAGAAGCCCGAGAAGUCGAAGAAGCACAAGAGCAAAAGCAAGAAGCCCAAGAAAGAGGACCCCACCAAGAAUGCCACCGCCGACCCCACGGGCGACGGUCUCGAGAGCUACAUGCAGACCAUGGGCCUCUGCUGCGCCCACGGCUUGAAUGGUGCCAACACGACCACAGGUAUGGGCACCGGCGGCAUGCCUGAGACCGCUGGCCCUACUCAGACGGGCGACAAGAAUACCGACACUCCUCCCAACAAGCGCGAGGUGCCCAGCAGAGAGCCUACGCCCGUCUACUCGCCUGGGCCCAGCACAAACGAGCCCGACCCGCCCGUCGUCAAACGUGACGACCCCGACUCGAUGCCUCCUUCCACCGACACGAAGCCAGACAGUGCCAACCCCCCUACGAAGCCAUCCACGCAGAAGCCUAGCAAGGAGAAGAACACCUCCAACGACACGUUGCCCGACAGUACGCCACCCCCGGGAGGCUGCCCCUUGACCACUGGCACGACUCCGCCCAGCACCAUCCCAAAGCCAGACGACACGGGCAAGCCCAAGAACGACAGCUCGGGCAUGCCCCCUACCACCACGUCUCCAACCACCACGGGCUGCGGUGGUGGCGGCUCGGCGCUUUUCAUCCUUCCCAUCAAUAACGCCACCUCGGUCGUCCCUCCUGGAGACAUCAACGGCAUUGGCCCCGCCACCAAGCCCGAGAACGGCAGCUCCGGCAACCCUCCCACGCGCCGCGACAUGAAUGUCCUCCACCUCUUUGGCGGUCACACGGGCGGAAUGACCAUGCUUCGUCGUGGCUCGAGCCUGGGUCACGCUCACAUCAAGCGUGACGACAUGCCUGGCAACGACAAGCCUAAGGAUGUUGACCCGACUGACCAGCCUCCCAAGGACAAGUCGCCCAUCACCAUGCCUCCCAAGACUAAUGGAGGGGGUAUGCCUACGGGCGGCCCGCUUUUCACCGUCCUCUGCUACGACGUCGGGAUGAUGAGCGCUACGACGCCUCCUCCCAACUGA